CAAAAAUCAAAAUUCACACGUUUUCUUGGCGUUGUUUGUCGUCCGGCGUUACAUUUUUUAUCGUUUAAGUUUUAUUUCGGCUGUUGUAAUGUAAAAUGUAAAGUGGGACUCACGUCCAAUGCAAAUUUAUAAGUUUUUAUCCGAUUUUGUCGAAAGCAACAUCCAAAACAUGUAGGUGCAAAAAAAUGUCAAAAAAAAAUAUUACCCAUAGCAGUCAUGGAACCCCUCGUUUGACAGACAUAGAUGCUUAAUAAAUGGAUAGCACUCAGCAAAAAGAUAGCACUCAGCAAAAAGAUCUAAAAUGGCUUCACUCACCCAUAUGGAUCCGGAGAGCUCAAGCUCAGCUUUAUACCGGAGCCCUAAACCCACUACAAUUGAUUUAGUCGGAGGUAUAUACUGCCACAUAUGUCAUAUAAUAUAUGCUAACAAAAAAGAGUAUGAUUCACAUUAUAUUAAACAUGAAACUGGAAGUAAAGAUAUAGUGUACACUUGUGUGGUAUGCCAUAAGGAGAUAGCUGGCUAUCCGAGUUUCCGCGGCCACUGUUACACAAGCCAUGUCAUAAAAGAUAGAUUCAAGUGUGAACAUUGUUCAAAAUUAUUUUCAAAGUCUUUAUCCCUCAAGGAACAUAUCAAAGUAAUGCACAGAUUUAAAUGCUCAUCAUGUAAUAAAGAAUUUACAACAAAAAAAGAGCUUCAAUUGCAUCAAAUAAUUCAUAACAAUACUGAUAUGCCUCCAUUCAAAUGCCAAGCUUGCGAUAAUCAAAUUGAUUCACUCGAAGGCUGUAAAGAACAUAUAGAUUUGCACUCUGCUUCUAUAUACUUUUGUCCAGUUUGUAAUGAGAAUAUAUCAAGUCGAGAUAAUGCUAAGGAGCAUUUGAAAAAACAUUUUGGUGAUGACAACGAAGAUCAACCAAUAAUACAUAAAAAUUUUGAUAAAGAAGAAAGUUAUAUAGAACAGUUGGGCGGUAUUUCGUGUAAAUACUGUCCGCUUAUUUACAAGGAUAGAGUAGAGUUUGAUGCUCAUUUUUCUUGCGAACAUGGUAAUGAAGAUAUAGUCUAUACAUGUAACGUCUGUGGAAAACAUUUUGAAAAGUACUCAGUGUUCAGCGACCAUUCCUAUAACCAUUUCAUGAAGGAUAGAUUCUGCUGUGACAUUUGUCAUAAAACAUUCAACCGCCUCUCCCUGCUGGUGACACACAUGUCCGCCUGCCAAGCAAAUAUUGACGCCAAUGGGAAGCCAUUUGGGUGCUUUCAGUGCGGACAUCGCUACGCCACCGAGAUGCGUCUCCGUGAACAUCUCCGAGACGCUCACGCUAUCCAUUGCAUUAUGUGUCCAGAGGAAGGCUGCCAAAAAAUAUUUUCCACACCAAAAGAUUUGAUAACCCAUCAACGUGAGCACCGUGCGCAGCAGAACUGGUGUCGGCAGUGCGGUUUACUGUUUCCUACUUUGAAAUCAUGUGAACGACACUUGGACGUUCACAAAAAGAAGCUCUAUAUCUGUCCAGUCUGCAAUCGAAAUUACAGUGAGAAAUACCUUAUCCUGAAACAUGUCCCGCAGCACUUUGAAACAGUUUUGCACCUCUGCAAAGUAUGUGGAAAGGUCUACAACGCCAAGAAUCGCCUCAUAGAACACAUAAAAACUCAUUCUGAAAGCAAAAACCAUAAAUGCACCUACUGUGGAAAGGGUUUCGUGAAAAUAGGUCAGUUACAGCAGCACCUGAACGUCCACACUGGAUCCAAGCCGUACAAGUGUCCCAUAUGUUCGAAAACGUUCGCCAGCUAUCCAAACUGGCACAAACAUUUGCGCAGAAUGCACAAAGUCGACGGUAAAAAGUACAAAAAGUGUACAGAAAACGUUCCGAAUAUAAUCGACGAGUCGGAAUCGGACAGCACGGAGACCCUGGACGAGGAGGAGUCGCCUGCAGAAAUCGACAUCAACGAAAUUAAUAUGAAUCAAUCGAUCAUAGGAGUCGCUCCGGAACUGGACGGGAACUUGACAAACGCUCGCCUGCACGUCGACAUCUCCGAGACGUACACGUUCCAGGAACCGGAGGACAGCACUAUGGAGCCGGACGACAUUGAUCGGAUCAUCAUCGAGAAAGAGCUGGAAAUCUUCGAGGACACGGCGAAUUUAAAAAACAUUGUAGAAUUCAUUAACGUGUUGCCGGCCGACAUCGGCGGGUGCGGCCCGACGCCGGCGGCCGGUCCGGUCGCGCCGAUGGGCCCGGCGGCGCCGGUGGCUCCGGUCGUGCCGGCCGAGUACGGGCCGGAGUUCGCGGAGACGGACGAGCACAUGCUGCACAUCGACCCGCUGCUGACCAUCAAGCACGCGGGCCCGGGCUGGGAGCCGCUGCUGACGCGCGUGUUCCCCGACGUGCUGGAGUCUAGUCGUUUCUCGAUGAUGAACACCGAUAUAUUUUGAAGUGUCAAUGUGACAAACAUAUUUUUGUAUCUACACCUUUCGGCCGGCCGGUCCCGGGCCGGGAGCGCCGGCCGGCCCCGCAGCUACCUCAGACGGAAACGAUGAUGUACCUCACUUAUACAAUAGGCUCUAUUUUAAUGUUGAUAUGAUAUACAUUUUUAACAUAUAUCCCACCAAACAUUAGACGGUUAAUGUUAUCAUAAUUCAUAGUAACGCUACCUCAUUUAGUUAAGUUUUGUCUUAUAUUCGCUUACACUGUAAUGUUCGAAAUACGUAUAUGUCGUCUCAUUGAGUUUGUGUUGUAUCUCGUGUAUGAAAUUUACUUGCAUGAGAGGUUGGAGUGACUGCUUCGCGCACUUUCUCUUCAUUUCUAAGGUAUUUUAAAUUUGCGCCGAUUGUCGAUUCAAUUCGAUGGUUAAUUGACGAACUUCAAAAUUGUAUAUAAUUUGAUAAAUUUGUAACCCUGAUCCCUACGAUAAACAUACGUCUGUCUCUGUCUACCGAACAUAAUUCAGACUUUUCUGUAUUAAUGAGUAUUUCUUCAACAGUUAUGUUUAUCGUAGUCGACGUUGAAAACAAUCGUUUCGAAUGAUUUCCAAAGGUUUAGGCUUAAGAUGUUUCGGUAAAAUCGGCUUUUUGUAAAUAUUUUGGUACAUUUUGCGGCACAUUGUAAUUUGCAUUUUAUUAUGCUUGAUCCUGUAGCCACCGCCCACUUCACCAACAUUGGCUCUCCUAGUUUUACACGGAAACAAAUAUUAAUCAAGAGCUAGGAGAGAAUGUCGGGAGGGGGGGCCUGGAACAUCCCAGACCCUCGCGGUAAGAGUAAACGAGACAGCGGUGGCAUUUUCAUGCAUUUCAAUUUCGAUUCCUUUUUUUAAUUAUUUUAUUCAAAGUCGCGAACGCAAAGCGUCGUGAUUUUAGUGUAAGUGAAUCGAUAGUGCUGUGAUAUUUUUAUGUAUAUUUAGAUGUAAGUCUAGCGAGUGUAACGUAACAGCAAGUACAAAGAUACAUUAUUUAUGAUAGACAAACAGCCACGCGUCCUCGUUCUUAUUAUAUUACGAUUAGAUUGCAAGGAGUUCGAUAAUCACGAGACCGAUACCAUUCCUACCUUGUAAUGUUGUGUGUUUGUCUCGCGCUUGUCAAACGCCUCGUGCACGCAGAUUAUCGUAUCAACGAAUUCUACGUCGUUAUAUUAGAUAGGGACGCUAUCAUAUAACCCACACCCUUACCCAUAUGGACGAACACUGACAAUUAUCCGAAAAUCGUAUAACCACAUUAACGUAACGAUUGCUGACUAUUGGUUUUGAUAUAACCCUUAAAUCUCUUUAAGGGAUUCGAAAGUACCAUAGCCAUGUCCAUAUGCGGUCAAAGUUCGUGAACGUUCUCACGUUAAAAUGACAGGAGAAAACGAAUCGAUCGCAGGUUACUGCAUGACAAAAUGUAGUAUUAAAAAAAAAAUGAAUGGUAAAUGUAUGCUAAGAAAUGAACUCCGAAAUAUAUUUUCGAGAGAGUAAACUAUUUACAAUUUCGCGGCGAAGGGGUCUUAGUGAUAAAAGUAUCCAAAGACUGUAAUGUAUUUAUAAGUUCAAUGAACUUAAUAAUGUAAUGGAGGUAAAUCCGGGAAAAAAGUCAGAUGUGAAUAUAAAAAAAAAAUUAUGAAAUAGCUGUUUAGCUUUUGAUUAAAAAUUGGGCUUCGACGGAAAUAGACACGCGGAACGGCCGCACCCGUAGUGGUGCCGGACGACAAAUACCAAUCUGGUUUUGAAACCGAUUAUAGUGACAAAGGCAUUAGCAAGUCAACCGACGACAUGCUUGAGAAAUUACAAAAUUAGUGCAUUAAAGUUGAAGGGGAAGUUACUUCACUAAUUGUUCUCGUUCGAAAACGAACUUUGAAAAGCUAUCGAUAGCGAAAUUAUCUGCUACGGCGGACUAUAUAUAAAGUACUUCCCCUGUCGAAAUUUCAUUAAUUCUCGUUUGGUGUAACUGCGCUGUAGUUUUAGUUUUAAUAUGUGUUUCGUCAAUGUAUAAGUAUAACCCACUCUCGAGUAAAUGAAUUUCAGUAUAUUUUCGUGUAAAUAAAACUGUGCUGUGGGAUAGUGUGGAUGGUUGAUUAAUGUUCCAAAUUUUCCGACUACAGCGCAGCGUAACUGUCAAUAAACGUUAGCUUUGCUGCAAAAUACACUGCGACAAUCUCAACGAUGAUAUAACUUUAAUGUUUUACGAAGAUUUACCGACGGAAUAAUACUUGUAGCAUAAAUUGUUUGUAUUUCUUACUAAAAUUCGUCUCGUCUCUAAAACGUUCGUCGUCGCAGUGCAUUUUGUUCCGUUACGACAGUAAAUAGCAUAUAAAUAUUUGGUGGUGUUACAUAGUCUUAUAUAAACCUCAUCGUUCAAUGUCAUAGUACUUAUGCAAAACUUCUAUAUUCAUAAUAAAAUGAUAACAGUUUCUAUGUGUAUUUCGUCGCAAAGGUAGCAAUAAUGUAUAGAUUUUCACGACUUCUUUGAGAUUAAUAAUAUUUGUGGUAAAUAAAGUAGCGUCUCAAAAGACGCUAUAGAUUGUACCUGAUACGAAUCGUCUCUAUCCUGACAUCUAUUUGAACUCGUUUAAGUACAUUUUAUGUAUUAAGACAGAUUAUUUUAAAUUUAAGAAUCGUAUAUGAAUCAAAUUUUCAUUAAUAUUUACUAUUUUUACAAACGUACAUUUUUUACUAAAUUUUAUUUUUGAUAAAAGAAAAUUUUCAUAAUUGUAGCCUUUGCGAUCUUAUUGUCCCUAGCUUUAGGUUAUUAGGUUAUAAUCGAGCACAGGGUAUUGUGGUUCUAUUUUACGGAUGCGUUAUAUUGAUAGCUCGAUAAGUAAGCGAAACAGCCUCCGAUUGUGAUGGUUACACAAUACUACCUCAAUACCCGAUAUGUGUACAAAAUAGAUUCCAUCUAAAUCUGUCUUAAAAUGUAAGCUUUUGGACCGGGUUUAUAAUUAAUCACUUCACGAGUACAUCUCGCUCGAUAUCGCUUAGUAUAAUAUCGUAAUAUUUUUUUUUGAAUGUGAAAAUUAAACCUAAGCCCGGUCUAUUAUACGCGUAGUAAGCAAAAUUGCGUUUCAAUUAUUCUUUUAGUGCUUCUAAAGUAUUGCAUAAUAGAUCAUCGAUAGAAUUUUUUUUUUUUUACUCUUGUGUCGAAUCUAAUUUGUCGAUGUAUUUUGAUAUAUGGAAAUGUUUAAGUAAGAUUUUUCUUGUCGCGUAAGAUAUGGUAAUAGAACAACAAACAAAAACCUCAACCUCGUUACAGCAAUAUUAUAUGAUAGACAGGUAUCAAUUGUUCCUAUAACAUAUACAUUCAAUAGUUAAAAUCGCCAUGAAUCGUGAAACAUUAUUAUAAUCAGUGCGUAUUUUGUGCGACAAGAUUAUAAUUGUAAAUAGAAAUUGCUGUUCUCUAUGUAUUCAAUUCCUAAAUGGAUUCUUUUAUAAGAUAGCUCGUAUUGCUUGUAAGACGAUAAACUGUAAAGCUUGAUCAAAGUUAACUUUUUUUUUUCUUUUUUAGAAUGUAAUGAAACGCGCCCAGACAGCAUAAUUACAUUUAUAUUAUAUAAUUUUCUUGGAUUUUAAUCCUAUGUUACUUACAUCCUAAACAAUGGCAUAAUUGCAUAAUUUUAAAAGGUUAAAAGAUCGAUUUUUAUUAUAACAUGCAUAAUAUAUUUUUAUUUUUUUUAUUUGCAAUUGGAUAUAUCCAAUUAUUUGCCUUUAUAUGCAUUUUGUGUUUUUUGUUUUAAUAUUUAAAAAUAUUAGUUUUUUUUUUGUUUCCGCUGUAACGCCAUCUAGGGGUUGUUUGUCUGAUCCGGCUUUACAGUAAUGUUAUAAUGUACCGAACUACCUCUGCAUAUGCAUGCCUCCAUAAAUACAGUAAUUAUAGUUUUUGUUAUUAAUAUUUUUGUACGUUAUAUAAAACAGAUAUACAUAAUUAUAGGGUAAAUAGGUUUUACGUGAUUAAUGUGCUAUUUCAGAAAAGUAAAUAUAAAAUAAUGUAAGCAUGUUUUCAGUUAAGUAGAUGGGACACUCCAAUCGGAAUUGUAUUGAACCAUAUUUGAAAUAAUAAACAAUCUGACUAGUAA